GUCUGUUUUACAUCAUCACCCCACACUCCACCCCUAUUCUCCCUUAUAAAGGGAAAUGGCAGAUACGUUAUUGUGGGCAUUGAUAUCUACCAGAUUUACCUGCAGACACACAGUAGAAAAUAAAGACAAAGAAAAUGGUGGGCACAACUUUGAGAACUCAAAAUCAGACAGAGAACACAACAAACAUCAACACAGUGGCAAACCAAAUCUUAUCAAGCACCGAUAUCUUAAAGAUCUGCAUAUAUCUUGUCAUCUUGAUCAUGGGUGUCAUUGGAAAUGGACUUGUCAUCUAUGUGACCGGCUACAAAAUGAAGACGACAGUCAACUCCGUUUGGUUUCUCAAUUUGGCGAUUGCAGACUUCAUUUUCGUUUUCUGUUUGAUUAUCAACAUAAUUUUUACCUUCAACAAUAAGGUUUGGCCCUUCAGCGACUCAGUGUGUAAAUUAUCAUCGUUGGUCACAGUACUAAAUAUGUUUGCGAGCAUUUUUUUGCUGACAGCCAUCAGUGUGGAUCGAUGUCUGUGCACAUGGAUGAUUGUGUGGGUUCAGAACAAACGAACUCUAAACAAAGGCAGAAUCAUCUGUAUAUUUGUGUGGAUUUUAUCCAUCUGCUGCAGCCUCCCUUUUGUCAUCAAUCGCUCAGUACAGGAACAUAAGGGAUUGAAACACUGUGUCUACAACCAGUCAAUUGAUAAAUUACUGUCUCUGUUCACAUACAGGUUCAUGGUUGGCUUUCUAAUUCCCUUCUUGAUCAUUGCAUCUUCAUACAUAGCUAUUGGUGUGCGCGUGAAACGCCUUAAAAGAGGAAAGCAGCUUCGGCCUUUGCGAGUCAUUUUGUCUGUGAUUCUGGCUUUCUUUGUAUGCUGGUUUCCUUUCCAUGUUCAACAACUGUGUCAUGUAAGUGCAGCAAAGUAUAAAUGGAAUGAGAAUGUUCAUAACGCAAUUAAUUCUGCAGGACCUUUUAUUCAGUGCCUGGUUUUUCUAAACAGUUGUCUGAACCCCAUUCUCUAUGUGUUCAUGUGUGAUGAGUAUAAGACAAAACUUAAAAAGUCUCUCCUGCUGGUGUUUGAGGCGGCCUUUUCAGAGGAGCAUAUGCGUUACCUGUCAUCACGUCGUUCUACUUCAUGCUAUUCAGAGUCACUGCCAGGUGAAUUUGGCAAGCAGACAAACGACACAACCAUCUCCUCCUCUGGAAGUGGUCAGGGCAGAACAAGCUUUUAAAUUCAGUCUGGUGAUGAUUGAAAAUAUAAACUUGUAAACCGGAGAUGAAGGUUUCUCAAACAUUCCUCCAUUCGGUCCCACCACAAACUGUUGCCACUAUCUGAGUCAAAGUUGGACGGUUCGAGGAAUCCAAACAAACUGCAUGUAUAGAAGAGAAAAAGACUUAUUUUAUGUUUUUAUAAUUACCUUGUUACACAAAACCUUUAUAUUAUAACGUUGUUAGUGCUGAUGUAUCUUUUGUUGUCUUAAAAAUCAUCAUAAUUGAGGGAACUGAAUAUUUUCUGUUUAUAAUAUUUUGUGACUUUUUUUAAACACAAAGAGUUGUUUUAUAUUAAAUUAAGCCUUUGCCUUAUUGUAACCUUUGCUAUCACCACUGUAAAAAUAGACAAUUAGGAUGUACAACAUAACCAUUACAUAAGCAGAUAUAUUUAUGUUAUGUAUUAUAUUCCAAGGUUUGAUAUUCCCAGAUAGCCACCACCCAAUAUUAUCUGGGAUUAUCCACAUCUGGUGCUGUGACAAUUGCAGUUUAAUACUUACAAAUAAAAUCGAUAUAAAUAA